AUGGAAUACGCCAAGGGACACUUCAGGGUAGCUCACACAGUCUUUGUCAUUGCUAAAAUGAUAUGGGUGUUAUUUGUUUUCUCCAAGGCAUUUCUUCAUCGGGAGACAGCAAGGAUAUUUAUAAAACUCAGAGCCGUUUCAGCCGAGAUGAAUUCCAUCAACUCAAGCAAACUCCUUGAGCCAGCAGCCGUCUCUAUCAAUACCCACAUACGCGGACAGCGUCUUUCUUUCCAUCACAAGAUUCUCAUUGUAUCAUAA